GCCGCGCGCUCGGGCCGGCCAUGGGCUGAGGCGGAUCCUCGCCGCCGAGCAGCGACAGCGACCCGCCCGUGCUCCCCCGAACAUGCCGGGGUGACCUCCUCCUCCCAGCCCGUCCUGCGGCCCGCCCGGCCUUCCCGACGGACGCUAUGCACCCCCCGCGGGGUCGCCGAGGCCUCUGGCUCCUGUUGCCCUCCUUGCUCCUGCUCCCCCUCCAGACGGCCGGGGCCGGGCGGCCCGUGGUCAGCUGCCCCAGCGACUGCCUGUGCGCCAGCAACAUCCUCAGCUGCUCCAAGCAGAGGCUGCCCAACGUGCCCCAGGCCCUGCCCAGCUACACCGCGCUGCUGGACCUCAGCCACAACAACCUGAGCCGCCUCCGGGCCGAGUGGACCCCCACGCGCCUCACCCACCUGCACUCCCUGCUGCUGAGCCACAACCACCUGAACUUCAUCUCCUCCGAGGCCUUCUCCCCGGUGCCCAACCUGCGCUACCUGGACCUCUCCUCCAACCAACUGCGCACGCUGGACGAGUUCCUGUUCAGCGAGCUGCAGCAGCUGGAGGUGCUGCUGCUCUACAAUAACCACAUCGUGACCGUGGACCGCAGCGCCUUCGACGACAUGGCCCAGCUGCAGAAGCUCUACUUGAGCCAGAACCAGAUCUCCCGCUUCCCUCUGGAAUUGGUCAAGGAAGGAAACAAACUACCCAAACUCAUGCUUCUGGAUCUCUCUUCCAACAAGCUAAAGAACUUGCCACUGAGCGACCUGCAGAAGCUGCCAGCCUGGGUCAAGAACGGGCUGUACCUACACAACAACCCCCUGCAGUGCAACUGCCAGCUCUACCAGCUCUUUUCCCACUGGCAGUACAGGCAGCUGAGCUCUGUGAUGGACUUUCAGGAGGAUUUGUAUUGUGUGCAUUCCAAGAAGCUGCACAAUGUCUUCAACAUAGAUUUCCUCAACUGCAGCGAGUACAAGGAGAGGGCCCGGGAGGCCCACCUGGGUGAAAGCUUUACCAUCACGUGUGACACCAAGCAGCAGGGGAUGACCAAGGUGUGGGUGACACCCUACAAUGAACGGGUGCUAAGUCAGGGGCCCAACAGCACAGUGACAGUGUCAGAGGAAGGCGAUCUUCAUUUCAAGAAGGUGCAGAUCCAGGAUGGGGGAGUGUAUACCUGCUACGCUGUAGGGGAGACUUUCAAUGAGACACUGUCGGUGGAGCUGAAGGUGUACAACAUCACCUCGCAUGGACACCACGACACCCUCAAUACAGCUUAUACCACACUCGUGGGUUGUAUCCUCAGCGUGGUCCUGGUCCUCAUAUACCUGUACCUCACUCCUUGCCGCUGCUGGUGCCGAGGUGUAGAGAAACCUUCUAGCCAUCAAGGAGAUAGCCUCAGCUCUUCCAUGCUUAGUACCACACCCAACCACGAUCCUCUCGCUGGCGGGGACAAAGAUGAUGGCUUUGACCGGAGGGUGGCCUUCCUGGAACCCGCCGCCCCCGGGCAGGGCCAGAACGGCAAGCUCAAGCCAGGCAACACGCUGCCAGUGCCCGAAACGACAGGCAAGGGUCAGCGGAGGAUGUCAGACCCAGAGUCGGUCAGCUCGGUCUUCUCCGAUACGCCCAUUGUGGUGUGAGCAGGAUAGGUUGGUUGGGGAGAUUUUUGCCCCAGGAGAGGUAAUGCACCCCUGAAGGCUACGAGGGGAUGGAGGAGAGGGCUGGCUGCCCGAGGGAGUGGGCUCCUCCUGACCUCCGGGGAAUUGGCCACGGGUUCAGACAGUAGGCAAGAUCCCGAUGAGGGUGUCGCUGCCUAGAGUGACAAACAUGGGCAUAUUAAUCCUCAGGCAAAUGCUGCACCCCUGUCCAAAGCCUUGGCAAUUCUCAGCGUGGUAGAGGAAGCAAGAGGAACGCGUCUGGGCUGGCUGGAAAUGAGAGGGGUGAGGGGAAGAACAGAUUCCCUAAGCUCUUUUGAGGUCAUCUCUAGCUCCUUAAGAGAAAACCAUUUGAAAAAAAAAAAACUUUUUUUUUUUUUCCUGUCUCUGCCCAUCCACAUCUGGGAAGCUGUGUGUGUUGGGGGAGCCUUCCCAGGAGCCGUGUUAGGGAAGCUGCAGUAUAGUAACUUCUUUGGUUGGGGAAUUGGAAAAAAAAUUGGAAACUGAGUCAGGAAAAGGCAAGACCUUGAUCAGUAACACUCCAGAAGGUUUCAGUGAGACCUCCCAUUCAAGCUGCCUUCUUUCCCCGUGAGCCCUGGGUAGGUAGAUCUUUGCAGGAGUCUGGCCUCUUGCCUGUUAGGUAUGGUAACAAUGUAGGAUCCAGGCCUUGUGUCUUGUCCUAGGACAGAUGACACAGAUAUGUAUGGCAUGAACUAAAGGGCCCUUGCCACAGCACAGGUGCCAGCACAACAGUUGAAGAUGGGGUUAAAUUCCAUAUAGGCUAAUUCCCUGGCUAGGGUAGCCCCGGGUUAACAUCUGAAUCCCAGAGUCUGUGUGUCAGUCCAGGAUGGGGAAUACUGAAGGCAGAGCUUGUGUGGAAGUCUGCCACAGGUAUGGCAAGAGGGCCACUCACCAGAAGGGUAGGGUCCCACGGCCUCUGGUGUAGCAGCCAGCUACACCGGCCUGAUUUUCUGCGUAAGCCAUCUCUUCAUUCUGUCUCAGCAAGCUCAGGUGAGGUUCUGAGCUUUCGCUGUCGUGCUGUGCUGCAGAGGGAGAAGUCUAGAGCAGUCUGGUCUUUGGCCAGGCCGGGAGGUAGAUGGGCCCAGUAUGUAUCUCCUCUGUGUUGCCAAGGCCGACUCACUCGCCUCAGAGGUCUGAUUGCUGCCACAAAACCAAAAGCAUGAGAUUUUUGUCACUGGAGGGGUUGAAACUGAGUGGUUUCUGUCCCAGAAUGGCUCUUUGAGAAUGGGUCUUGAGUUUGCUUCUCCCAGACCACGGGACAUCCUGUAGUGGAGAUGAUCCGUGAUUCUAAACUUCCAGAAGGAAAGUUCUGCCAUCCCGCUGCUCUCAGCGAGGAGUCUGUGCAGUUUGAGCUGAUAGGCCAGGACAACGUGGAAAGCAUAAGCCCAGCAGCAGCCUUAGGUUCCAUGGAGGUCGCUCACACUGUGGAUGAAGCUCACCUCCCCUCCACCUCUCCCUUUGACCGCACCAUAGGUCUAGGAAGUGGCUGUACGUAGUUUCAGCAGGGAGGUGAUCAUGGAAAAAAGGUGAAAAUGUUCUCUGAUGUUGGUCUUUUUCAGUGUCUCUUCUCUCCUGUGUUUGCUGUCCAUUGGAAGUUCUCCAGGUCCUCUUGUUUUCUGACCUGCUUGUUAGGUUUCAAGGGGUGUUAUUUGCCUGUGGGUGAGGGCUGUUUGCUAGGAGGGCCUGACAAUUAGGCUACCUAUUAAGACUAGGAAAUCAACAUCUUCCCUUUGGCUGUUUCUGGGAUCUCAAGGUUGCUGUUCCUUUUUUCUUAGUAACCUAGUUUUGUCCAGAGCAAGGUGCAGCAAAAUCCCUUCAAGUAGUUGCAUGCUCAUAGGUACGCAUGCGCAUAGGUAUGCAUGCCCUCCAGCACCUUGCCCUCCACCAGGACAGCGAAUCUGUAGUGCCCACUAAUGCCACUAUUCUCAGAAUGGUCUCCAUCUAUGUGCACCCCAUACACGAUUUUCUUGUGCCGUAGGAGAGACAGUGAUCAUGCCAGGCUCCUCAAAUACACGGUCAUUUGUGCUUUAGUUUCUGAAUUCCCUGAAUCUUCACUCAUAUCUCCAGGGCUCUGAAUCACUAGAGAUGAGGAGGGACCACGGGUUUGAGAUCUUGGGAGAAUGGUGGUGAGGCACUAGCUGGUUCUUUAGAACCCUUAUAGACCUUUCUUAAAGACUACAUUAUAAGACGUUGAGCUAAAACAAGAGCAAUUAAAGACCCCAAAGGAAACUGAUAGCCGAUCAGGCAGCCUGAGUUGCCUUUCCUGUCCUAACUGUCCUGCCACAGACUGAGAUUAGGACAGGAAAGCUAUCUGGUUGUAUUCCAGAGACUUGUGAGGAUUUCUGUCAGUAGAGCUAUAGGAACAGGAUUCCCACCUCAGAUUUAUCAUGAAACAUGGGGAAAUCUCUCUUCAUGCUGCAGUUUCCCCACCUGAAUCUCUUUAAAGUGGAUGUCAAGUAAAGAAGGCCCUCCAGAAUAUUCUAGCUGAAUUCCCAAGGACCAGGAGCAGCUCCAACUCUCCCUUACUUCUACUAACUUGGUCCCUGGUUUGAGACACCUGGAAGAUAUGCCUGGCUGCCCCCCCCAAGGGAUUUAACUCAUUGGCCUCUUUGGCUUUCCGUUGGUAGGACCCAUAGGCAGCUUUUUACUUGGGGGACUGGAUACUCAACAUACCUGAGCUCCUUAGAACCCUGGGUAGGAAACUGCCUGGUGUGGUUCUAAGAGAGCUCACCUCUUCCUCUCCUCUUUACCUUCUACCUGUAAACCAGACAUGUCUCCCAGGAAGCAGGUGUCCCUGGAGGCAGAAUAUGACAGGGCUCUACAAUAUGUCUCUGUAAUUAUUCGUGAUCUUUUUCUUUGCCUGUAUUUAUGGGGCCCCCAGGAAGGGGCAAAGAGACGGUAUGCCCUAGCUGGGGAGUGCAAAGCCAGCUGACUUGUUUAGUGUGUGUUAUCUCUGUGCUUCCUUCUCCCGUGUCCAGGACUCUGUUCCUCUCCAUUGUGUAUACCCAGGCUGGCAAAGCUCAGAGCCUCUGAGCUCCGGAAACUAGACAAUACCCAUUAAACCUGGCUUGAGUCUCUGUUCUGGUA